AUGUUGGUCCUCUACGAGUCGGCAGUCGGUCUCGCUCUCUUCAAGAUCAAGGACUCCAAGGUCGAGGGCAAGCAGGAUGAGCUCGCAAAGGAGUUUGAGACCCCAGAGGGCGCCAACAACCUCGUCAAGCUCCAGGCGAUCCACCGCUUCACGUCGACCGCGUCGGCCGUCGAGGACAUGACUGCCAUCGGCGAGGGCAAGCUGUCCAAGUCGCUCAAGAAGUUCCUCACGGACGAGAUCUCGGGCAACAAGAAGCUCAAGAACGAGAAGCUCGCCGUCUCUGAGCCCAAGCUAGGCGGCGCGAUCGCCAAGAAGCUCGAAAUCAACGUCGUCUCGGACUCGUCCGUCAACGAGCUGUACCGCGGAAUCCGCCAGCAGCUCUCGUCGCUCCUCGGCGACGUCGACCCGCGCGACCUCGCGACCAUGGAGCUUGGUCUCUCGCACUCGCUGUCGCGCUACAAGCUCAAGUUCUCCCCCGACAAGGUCGACACCAUGAUUGUCCAGGCCAUUGCUCUCCUCGACGACCUCGACAAGGAGAUCAACAUCUACUCGAUGCGCGUCAAGGAGUGGUACGGCUGGCACUUCCCCGAGAUGGGCAAGAUCAUCACCGAGAACAUCACCUACGCCAAGGUCGUCAAGGCCAUGGGCUUCCGCACCAACUACGCCACGACCGACUUCUCCCACGUCCUCCCCGAGGAACUCGAGGAGACGCUCAAGUCGGCCGCGGCCGUCUCGAUGGGUACCGAGAUCUCGGACCAGGACCUCGCCCACAUCCACCUCCUCGCCGACCAGGUCAUCUCGAUCACCCAGUACCGCACCGAGCUGUACGAGUACCUCCGCAACCGCAUGGCCGCCAUCGCGCCCAACCUCACCGCUCUCGUCGGCGAGCUCGUCGGAGCGCGCUUGAUCGCCCACGCCGGCUCGCUCGUCUCGCUCGCCAAGCAGCCCGCCUCGACCAUCCAGAUUCUCGGUGCCGAGAAGGCCUUGUUCCGCGCACUGAAGACCAAGCACGACACCCCCAAGUACGGCUUGAUCUUCCACGCCAGCUUGGUCGGACAGGCUCCCACGAAGCUCAAGGGCAAGAUGGCGCGCAUGGUCGCCACCAAGACCGCCCUCUCGGUCCGCCUGGACGCCCUUGCGGACGCCGACUCGAAGAGUUCGGUCGAGUCGGCGACGAUCGGUAUCGACAACCGCGUCAAGCUCGAGGCUCGCCUGCGGCAACUCGAGGCCGGCGCCGGCUUCUCCUCUCUCCGCGCACAAGCCAAGCUUAACGGCGGCGAGAAGCAAAAGCGCUUCGACAUGAAGGGCAACGGCGCGUCGUACUCGACUGGCGCCGACAGCGUCACGCUCAUCUCGACUGGCGUUGAGGCGGCGCCGGGAGCGGAUGAGGGCGUUGAGAAGAUGGUUGUUGCGGACGAGGUUGAGGGCGAGACUGAGGAGCAGCGAAAGAAGCGCGAGAAGAAGGAGAAGAAGGAGCGCCGAAAGUCGGAGAAGGCGGCGGGCGGCGCGGACGAGGCGACUGGCGAGACGGAGGAGGAGCGGGCGGCGCGCAAGAAGGCUAAGAAGGAGAAGAAGCGUGCGCGCGAGGAGGAGGACGGCUCGCCGAAGAAAAAGUCCAAGAAGUCGAAGACUCGGGACGAGUAG